CUUAAGCAAAACACUAGCACACUUUAUGUUGUUUCUCUCUCUGCAUAUACUAACUCUGCCAACUUCUAUUAUAUAUCCUCUUAGCAGCUAACUGUUUCAGCCCCUGUGCGACCAUUCUUCAUUCUGCUGCUUGCCACCUCUUCACAAAGCAGGCCUUCUUCUUCUGUAGCUCUAAGCCUCUUGCAAGCUCAGCUGCUGCUUGUGACAAGAUCCCCAUCCGCUUGAGUUCAGCAUCGAUGGCGGCGGAGGAGGCAAAGAAGGUGGAGGUGGAGGCGACCAAGGACAUCGCCGAGGAGAAGGCGAUUGUGCCGCUGCCGACUCCACCGGCUGCGCCCAAGGUCGACAAGCCGGCCGACGACUCCAAGGCCAUCGUUGUUGUCAAGGACGCUGCUGAGAAACCUGCAGCUACAGGAGGUUCAACUGAAAGAGAUGCUUAUCUGGCGAAAAUUGUAUCCGAGAAGAGAUUGACUCUGAUCACUGCAUGGGAGGAGAGUGAGAAGGCGAGAGCUGAGAACAGGGCUGCCAAGAAGCUUGCCUACAUCACAUCUUGGGAGAAGGCGAAGAAAGCAGAGAUGGAGGCCGAGCUUAAAAAGAUGGAGGAGCAACUGGAGAAGAAGAAGGCGGCGUACGAAGAGAAGCUGAAGAACAAGCUGGCGAUGCUCCACAAGACGGCGGAGGAGAAGAGGGCGCUGACGGAGGCGAAGCGCGGCGAGGAGAUGAUCAUGGCGGAGGAGCUGGCCGCCAAGUACCGCGCCAAGGGUGAGGCUCCCACCAAGCUCUUCGGCCUCUUGAAAGCAUAACAAACGUCAUCUCGAUCUUCUAUGCCGAUCCAAGACAUGCAUACAUACAUACGUUGGGAUGGAUUAUUAUUGUUACCUAUAUAUAUAUAUAUAUAUAUAUAUACUUGGUGCAUGGCCUGGUUUGUUUGUGGUUUGUGAAUGUGUACUUACUUGAAGGCCACCGGUGUACGUACGUACGUUCUUGUAUAUUAAUUAAUUAAUUUUGUUGUUGGAAGCAGGUUUGAUAUAUCUGGUGCAGUUUGUAAAAAGGAAUUCAUCUGUAUAUGCAUAUAUCGGAGUGCAGCUCAA